AUGGCACAAGAUCCAAGGCUCGACGACAUCAGACCGCCCUUGAUCAAUGCGAUGGGCUGUGGGAUAAAGAAUCCCGAGGAGCCCUCAGAAGCAGAUAUCACCGAUCUGAUAGGGCGCGCUGGACUCUGGCACCUUGAAAUCGGGGCGGUGAUCGGGAUCAACUCACUCUUCAAUGCUUUCGGACAACUCGCGAUGGCUUUCAUGAUGCCUCCAAACGUUGAAUUUCAUUGUGCCAGGACCUCGCAAGCCGUGUCGCAGAACAUGACUCGUGAAGAUUGGAUAAAAUUGACGCACAACGACACCCUCAAGAGCGGGAGCGGUCAUUGCAUCAGGCAUUUUUUUGAUCACGAAACCUUCACGAGACAGGAUCAUAUCGUGCCGUGUGAAGCUUGGGAGUUCGAUCAUUCGGUCCACCAAUCGACAAUUCUCGAGGAAUGGGAUCUAGUUUGCGACAAUGAUUAUCUCAAGCCAUUCCCGCAAUCGCUCUCGAUGACGGGUCUCAUCGUGGGAAAUGUAGUCUUCAGUCAUUUUUCUGAUCAUUACGGACGUCGACCGGCGGUCUUCGCCGGAAUGCUGAUUUGUGCCGUGUCGGGGGUAAUGGCGACUGCCACGAAUAAUUUCAUCAUGUUCAACAUCGGAAGGUUCCUUUCAUCUGUCUCCAAAAUUGGAAUUCAAGCCUCCACCGUCAUAUACCUAGAAACCAUCGACCCCAAAUACCGAUACCUGUUCUCCCUACUGAAUGGAUUCAGUUUUCAUAUCGGUAUGAUGAUGGUGGCCUUGACAGCGCACUACGGUGGCGAUUGGCGUUACCUGCAAGGUUUGAUCAGCAUGCCAGCACUUGCUUUGCUACCCUUCCUCGGUAUUGUCUACGAAUCUCCUCGCUGGCUCCUGUCCAAAGGGAGAUUUGACGCAGCUGAAGAGAAUCUCCAGAAGAUAUGCAAACACAAUCGGAUUCCAGAAAAUCGCGUCGAGCAGCUCCUGCCUAAGAUCCGGACAAAGUAUGGCCGUCUAAAGCAGGGAAAAUCCAAGAACGCUUUCGAUCUUUUCCGCGACAGCAAUGGCGCUUACACCAAGCGGAAUACAAUGCUCAUGUGGUUCCUGUGUUUCACUUCCGGUAUACUGUUCUACGCGUCGACAUUCAUGUCGACCGAGUUGAAUAUCGGCCUCGGGCCCCAUAUUUCGUUCUGCAUUCCGAUCGGCGCAGAGCUCGUGGCGAUCGUACUCGUGGCGUUCGGCGUCCGUUAUAUGCGACGCAAAGUGAUUAUUUUCACCACGAGCAUUUUAGGGGCUCUGGGUUUUUUCCUGAUGGGCUUCGCCGAGAAUUUCGGCUCGGCCGAUUGGAUCGUCGAUCUUGUCGCCGUAAUUAUGAUCCGAGCGAGCUCGGCGGCCUUCACUCAGAUCUAUCCGGUUUACAGCGCGGAACUCUAUUCCACUCCCCUCCGGAACGUAGGUAUUGGUUUUUGUGAUCUCAUGUACCGACUGGCGUCGACAAUCGAUCCGUUCGGAAGGUACUGGCUGCCUCGACUCCACACGAAACUCUUGCCGGGUCUCUACGGUACCAUGAGUCUUAUAUCGGCCGUGCUGUGUCUGUGGCUGCCCGAAACGCUGAACAAAGCAUUGGACGACGGUUUAUUUGCGCGCCUCUCACGAACGAUGUCUACUUUCAAAGACAGCUUGCGUCGAUCGUCAAGAGCGUCUAGCAAUGGUGACCAUCGGACUCCUGAAGCGGUCUAA